UCAGGACGUCAGUCUACCUUCCGAGAAUCAUAAUCAAGGAUUCCCCACGCUUCCAGCUCGAGGAUUAAUCGCUAGAGCCCGACGCUGAAACACCAUGGCCGCCAUGUUCAGCCAGAACCCGCUCAUGAACGGGCCCAACUACUCCAUCAACGAUGCACCCAGAGUUAACGCGCCAGAGGGCGCUCGGGAACACCGCUUUGACCCCUAUACCGACAACGGCGGCUCGACCCUCGCAAUCGCUGGCGCCAAAUUCGCCAUCUUGGCCGGCGACACCCGUCUGACUUCGGGCUACAGCAUCAACUCGCGACACCACCCGAAGCUGUUCAAGAUCGGCGGCACAACUGCGGACCAGAAAGAUGCGACCAUCGUCCUCUCGGUAGUGGGGUUUGCGGCCGACGGGGAGGCGCUCAAGGAACGGCUCGACACCAUCUGCAAGAUGUACCGCUAUCGCCACGGAAAACCGAUGAGUGUCAAGGCGUGUGCACAGCGGCUGUCGACCAUCCUGUACCAGAAGCGCUUCUUCCCUUACUACGCACACGCUAUUUUGGGCGGACUAGAUGAGGAGGGCCAGGGCGCCGUGUAUUCGUACGACCCUGUCGGCAGCUACGAGCGGGAGCAGUGCCGGGCUGGCGGCGCGGCUGCCAGUUUGAUCAUGCCGUUCUUGGACAACCAGGUCAACUUCAAGAAUCAGUACAUUCCCAACAGUGGCGAGGGCCAUGCUCUGCAAGAACGCGAGCGCCGGCCCUUGGCGCGCGAUGAGGUCGAGGUCUUGGUCAAGGAUGCGUUUGACGGAGCGGUCGAGCGGCACAUUGAGGUCGGUGACGGUUUGCAGAUGAUGAUCAUCACGCAGGACGGGAUCGAGGAGAUCUUGCUACCGCUCAAGAAGGAUUAAGCGGUGGGCGACUGGGCCCGGUUGGCUAUGUACAUAGCAUUGCACAGCAGGGCUCCUUUGCCUACACGGAAACAAUUAUAGGUGCCGGUACCAGUUAUUGGCGAUGGGCUGCUGGCAAAUCUGGUGAUCAAGUUCUCGUUCUCCGACGUAUUUGAGGUCAUUCCACCAUACCCAAACGUACCAAACUG